CUUGUUUGUUUGUCUGCUUGUUCGGGCGAAAGGGAAGCCUGCAGGGGUGCGUGGGCCCGGCACGGCCGCACCAACGGCAUCAAUUCCUUCAUCUGCUCUGCGGGGCCAGUCGUCAGGUUGGCCAUCCCAAAAGAAAGACACCGGCGUUCGGAGCCGAGAGGUGGGCACCGGAGAGAGAAGAGAACAGCGGAAGGAGGAGAGGGGAGGCGCGUGUGGGUGGAGAGCGAAGAAGCCAUGGGGAGAGGGAGACGACGGCAAACGACGGAGAUCCAUGGAGGGCCACUGACGCUGGAGAAGUACCACCGGUUCUUCGUCGACCCCUGGGGCACCCGCGUCACCAUAGACCACCUCAACCACUCUGUUCUUCUUCCAUAUUUUGGACUUAAUCUGUUCCUCUUCCAUUUUUUAAAACUGAAUCUGCACUCUUCCUAUGCGAUGGGCUCGUUCCGUACGUGCGACUCUGAGUCUGAUAUGGCCGCUUCGCUUGCAGAUCAUUUCCAUGCAUGGCUUCGUCAGGCUCCACCAUCACCACAAGGAGGACACAUCAUGGGCCUUUUGGUGGGGCAGGUCGACUUGGAGCCGCCGCGCCGCUCCACGCUGCACUGCGCGCCGCAUGCGGCCCCGCCCUCCGCCGCAGUCAUCCUCGCCGCGGAGGCGAAGGCCGACAUUGAUGCGAUCGGCUGGGAGGAAUGUCCCGUCGGCUGCGUGGCCGCCUUCGCUGCCUCCGGGGACCCGCCGGAGCAGGUGCAACCCACGCCCCCGCCCGCCGACCGUGUCCUCGCGCUGGCGGUGCGGCGCGCGCGGUCCAAGCGGACGCGCAGGUCUGCCUACCAGCGCGUCGCUUCGUCCUGCUGCGCCAACAAGGUGAAGGAGGAGGUCAAGGAAGACGAAGAGAUGUGGUUGCCGCCACCGUCGCCUCCACCGCUGUCGAUGCGAUCCCCGACUCCUCCACCCCCGCCGCUAUCGCCCCCGCGCCAGGAGACUCUGGCGCCUUCGUCGCCGUGCUCCCCGCCACCAGGCUUCGGCUCGUCCGCGGCGCCGUGCUGGAGCCGCCCUACCCCUACGUUGGCGCCGAUACCCUCCGCACCACCGGGCUUUGGCUCGACGCCGCGCUGGAGUGGACCACCAUCAGGCUUCGGCUCGCCGCAGGUGACGCCGCCUCCUCCGCACCUGUGCUGGGGCUUGCCGUUGCCCAUGGCGCCACCGCCGUCGUGCACGGGAGCGCCGACGUACACGCAGCAUCUUCAGCCUGCAGGACCGCCAUCAUGCUGGCGCUCGCCAACGGCACCGCCGUCGUAUCCGGCACCGUUCUGGGGCGCGCCCCCGGAGCUGCUGCCACGGCAAGCGCCUUGGUGCUGGCCACCUCCUCCACCGCCGCACUGGCUACCACCUCCUGUGCUGCAGCAGCGGCCGCCACCGCCUCACUGGGGCUGCAUCGGCCCGUCGGCACCUCCGACACUGCAGCAACUACCACCUCCUAUGGGGGCGCAACAUCCGCCGCAUUUCCAGGGGCAGCAUACGCCACCGCCACCGGGUGUGUGCUGGGGCAGACCGGUGUUUUAGGGACUGUGCUUCAAGGCUUCAACUGCAUGCUAUACUGUUUUUGCUAAGCUUGUGAGUUUACUACACGGAGACAGGAAUUACAUAUUAGAUUAUUUAACUGUUAAAGAGUUCUGCUCUAGUUUCUGCUUUCCAUUUGACAGUAUCGUCUCUGUUGUACCCAGACUAGGAUAUUAUCACAUUAGUCAUGUCUCAUCUUUUUCUUAUGUACACCAAUUUCUUUCUUUUCCUCCGUAGCAACAUGUCUAACAAAUUUGCUCUGAGAUUCUCUAACUUGAUCAAUGCCAUAGGCAGCCUUUAUUUGUUGCUUCAGUAUGACGAUGCUCGAAUCUUGUAGUCUACAUUUUGAAUUUCUUGUCCUAAGUUCAGUUCCAUGAACUACACACCCCACUUGUGGUAUAAGUAUAAAAGAUUCUCUGAUGAAUAGCUUAAAGUUAAUUCUCCUCUAGGCGAAAUGGCAAUUUGCAGACUGUUUCCCCAUAAUGCUUAACAGAUGCUGUAACUAUACUGCAAAUACAAUUGACUAAUGCUGGGC